AUGCCUCGUGUUCUGCUUACUGGCGGUAGUGGCUUCGUCGCUACACAUGUUCUUGAAACGCUCCUCGCUCGUGGGCAUUCCGUGGUCACCACUGUUCGCUCGCCGCAGAAAGCGGAGGCUAUUUUACAGGCUCACCCAGAGUUACAAAAGGAUCGUUUGGAUUAUGUUAUUGUGGAAGACAUUGGUCAAGCUAAUGCCUUCGACAAGGCUGUUGUUUCGGAGCCUCCCUUUGAUGCAGUGAUCCACACUGCCAGUCCAUACCACUUCAACGCCAAAGACGCAAAAGAGCUACUUGAUCCCGCCAUUAUCGGGACAACGGGCAUUCUCAAUUCGGUGAAGAAAUAUGCACCAUCAGUCAAGCGUGUUGUGGUGACGUCCUCAUUCGCUGCAAUCAACAAUAUCUAUGCCGCAGGCAAGGGGAAGAUCUACUCGGAGGCCGAUUGGUGCCCAAUCACAGAACAACAGGCCAACGACAACCCAGGCAAUGCAUACCGCGCGAGUAAAACUUUCGCUGAACGAGCCGCAUGGAAUUUUAUGGAGACAGAAACCCCAUCCUUCGAUUUGACCGUCAUCAACCCCCCUCUGGUGCUUGGACCUAUCGCACACAGAUUGGCGUCUCUCAGCGCCUUAAACACAUCCAACCAGCGAAUCCGCGAUUUUAUCACAGGUGCCGUUAAGGAGCGAUGUCCCCCCACCGGAAAUUAUGGCUACGUCGAUGUGCGUGAUUUGGGUCUUGCUCAUGUGCUAGCGAUCGAAAAACCCGAGGCAGGAGGGAAACGGUUCUUUACAGUGUCUAGCCAUUUUUCCAACAAAGAAAUCGCAGAGAUUAUUGGGGAGGAAUUUCCCGAAUUCCGCGACCGGCUGCCUUCGGGUGAGGGGCUGGCCCCCGGUGAUUACCCAGCGGAUGUCUAUGGCUUUGAUAACUCGCGAAGUCGCCAGAUUUUAGGGAUUGAGUACAGGAAUCUCAAGGAGAGUAUUGUUGAUGCGGUGAACAGUUUGCUAGUUGUUGAGCCUGCUCUUGCCAAGUAA